AUGAUGGCAGCAGCCAUGUUGCUACAGUACUGUCCAGUGCUUGCCCGGGGCCCCACAGGCCUCCUAGGCAAAGUUCUGAAGACUCAUCCAUUCAUUCUUGGCAUUGGACAUUGUCCUAUUUUGGCUAUCCAAGGACCAAUAUGUUCUCAAAUCCAUCUUAAGGCAACAAAGGCUGGAAGAGACUCUCCAUCUUGGACCAAGAGCCACUGUCCCUUUAUGCUCUCAGAACUUCAGGAUGGGAAGAGCAAGAUUGUACAGAAGGCAGCCCCAGAAGUCCAAGAGGAUGUGAAAUCUUUCAAGUCAGAGCUGUCCAUCAAUGUGGCCUCAAUCAGCCUAAGGAAUCCAUUCUCCAGUCCCCAGGAGCAAGAGCAAAUAUCAGGGACGGUCACACACCUGAUUCAGAACAACAUGCUUG